AACGUUUUCGCGCGGUUUCUUGAUUAGCUGAAAAGUGGUGUUCACUCGGGAACUCGACUGGUUGCUAAAACAUAAUUUCAAACACUUAAAGUAAAAAGCAAGCGAACACAAAAUGGGAAGAAAAUCAGCCAAAGGAAAAGAGAAGAAAAUGAGAAGGAAAGAGGAGCAGGCCAUUAUUGCAGUAUCUAAAGCUGCUGUAGAUGAAGCUAAUAAGCUGACUGACCCCAUGGCUAAUCUAUUACCAUUCAAGAAAUACAACAGGAAUGGUUUGAAUCUAACGAUAGACUGUCGGAGAAGUACCAGUCUUACUGAAGAGUAUUUGGACUGGGCCUUCAACCUCACCAAGAAAAACAUGCAAACACUCUAUGAGAAUGGAAACAGUGGUUGGAAGUCAUGGGAGAAGAAAGAAGAAUUGACUGAUGAGAGGGCAUGGUACCUGAUAGCUAAGGAUGCUGAGGGUACAUCUGUAGGCUUCGUACACUUCCGAUUUGAUUUGGAUUUUGAAGAGGAGGUUGUUUAUUGUUAUGAGAUUCAGCUGACUGAAGGCAUAAGAAGGAAAGGUUUAGGCAAGUUCCUCAUGCAGAUACUCUCUCUGGUUGCUCACAAAACACAAAUGAGGAAAGUUAUGCUGACUGUAUUUAAGGACAAUACCUCUGCCUAUGGAUUCUUUAAGAAUGUCCUCAAUUUUGAUGUUGACGAGACGUCACCAAGUUUAUAUGACCCCAUGAAUGAAGAGGAUUACGACUAUGAAAUUAUGAGCAAAGAAAUACCACUGAAGAAGACCAACAACCCUGAGGGAGCUGUUUCAACGCAGUCAACACCCGUCGUACAAGCUACUGCAUAGACCAAAACAAUCUCGUACAAAUCCUAGUAUGAAAGACUUAGUGACAGACUUUGUAAUUAAAGUGUUUCCUUCUGUCUCAACCACUAAGAGUGUUCUGAUGGCAGAGUCAUCAGAGUGUGGUUGACAUUUGUGUCCCUUGGCAAUUAUUGCUUCUCAUGACCAUUGUGUAAAUAAGUACAGAAUAUUGAUGUAAGUGACUGGCACAUCCUUUGCCAUGUGGUUGUCGGUGCUGCAUAUUGCUGAGGAGUGGAGAUAGUUUCAAGGAUGAUUAAGGUGUAUGUUGCAGAGGGUUAGUAAUAAUUCGUAUAAUGAACAUUGGUGUUGAAUUGCUUAACCAUUAGAAAGGCUUAAUCAACAAGUUUUCCUACAGACGUUAUUGUGAAACUAGACAGGAAUAUUCAGACCCCAGUCUGGAAUGCAAGCAUGUUGCCAUCUUGAUGUUAAUAACGCACUCUAUUAAGACGUUAUUGUGAAACUAGACAGGAAUAUUCAGACCCCAGUCUGGAAUGCAAGCAUGUUGCCAUCUUGGUGUUAGACCCCAGUCUGGAAUGCAAGCAUGUUGCCAUCUUGGUGUUAGACCCCAGUCUGGAAUGCAAGCAUGUUGCCAUCUUGGUGUUAAUAACGCACUCUAUUUACACCUUUACUUUCAGUGCAUGACUAGGUAUUCCAGUGCCUCUAUAGACUCCAAAGAUGUUAAAACACAAAUAUGAGUUUUGGUCCUUUGGGGUAAAAAGGAACAUUUUCAAGGGCGAAGGUUCAAGGGCUACACCUACAUGUAUAGGCUUUACAUUUUGCUGAUUUUUCUAGAGGGCAAAACAAGCAGAAUUCAGAUUAAAGUAGGAAAAAUAUCAUGCCUGUAUAUACCAUAAGAGUUAAGUACGGAAACCCUUCAUUUUGUCUUGGAACGUUGUUCGUGUUGGAGGAAACCCUGUCCAAAUUCAACAUUGACUAAUAUAUUCAAUAAAACACAAAUAGUCAGGUUGCUCUAGUUUUUGUGCAUUAAUUUUUAGAUUAAGAUUAUCUAAGUUCAAGUCUUAUUACAUUACUUGUGCUUACAGUAGACCUUAUGCAUCGACAUUAUCCAGCCACCAUCUUGGAGGUUAAACGAUGACAUAUCAAUCAAAACGGAACAGGUUUGUACGCACUGCACACAGGUUUGGCCAAUGAACUGCCGCUUCUUUACCUCUAAAUGGAAGUGCCCUACUGAAAUAACAUGUGCAUAAGGUCUAAACAAAAAACCUGUUGGAUAGACUGCCAUUGCUAAGAUCAUUAAUGGAAACAUGGCGUCAGAUCACAGUGGCUAGCUGUCAUGUAAGACUAAUUUUGGAAACCAAUUAACUUUUAGUAUUAGAUAUAUUUUAUAAUUACUGAAUGAAAUAAAGAAGUUUUUACUAAACCUUCUGUCUGUUUUUUUAUUUUAUUGGAAACCUUUCACAUUUUUCAAAUGAAAAUCCACUCUGCACAGAUAUAUAUUUACUCCUCAUAUAAUAUGCUUGAAUAAAAAAAAAACAUGUUACACCACUACUACUAAACAAAUAUCCAACCUGGGCCAACAAAACGCACAAGACUGUCUUAAAAAUAUUCAAACAUUAAUGAUCUCAGUACUCCCUUUCUCCCCAACUACUGACAAACAUUUCAUAAACAAUUUUAUUUGGGGUGCCAUUCUCUGGUCCGAGUUAAGUACUGUAUACUUGGUGCCCCCCCCCCCUCCCACAUCCCACAAGUUCAGCAAAAUUAACACAGAAUGUGUGGGUCAUGGGUUCGACUCCCACCAAGGUAGUAUGCCUGUGGUGUUUGUUUUAAUGCAAAACUUGGGAAAGCACAAAGUAUCCAGAGCUUAACACUCGGUGGAGUAUAGUACAACCCCAAAAAUCUAUAUUCCCGAUACACUUAUUAUGUCUAUUAAAAUCCCGGCAUCUUUGGCACGCUAAAUAUUAUGUGAUGUUCCCCUGUAAAAGGCCAGCAUAUAUACAGCAAGCUGUAAUCCAAUAUAAUGUAUAUGUCAACAUGUUCAGAGCUACUGUGAACCAUUUAUCAGUGUGUUUGAUGUCACCUAGCAUGUACAAUUUCCCGUUUAGAGACGCACCUUUGCCUUUUGUUGUCCUAGCUUCAACCGAGGAAAAAUCCUGAUACCUUAAAACCCUAACCAUACUGACCAAACAUACAUCUUAAAAUUCAUAAAAAUAAAACUUAUGUUUUUUUUUCUUCUAAAAUUCUUGUAAAGGCACUUCAGUAAAUAAAUUCUACUACAUCUAUAACACUUUAACCCAUAUAUAUGUAUAACAGAAAAAUCUAUGAAGAAUUUGGAGUUAAUUUGGUGUGAAGUGUGGCUCCUUUUUCAAGCAAAGACGAUAAGAAUAGUUAUAUUCUUAACAAAGAACCAUACUAUUUUCAUUCUACUUGUACUAUUUGAUUACAUUUAAUUGAAUGGAAGAAAACCCAAAAGGCAGCAUAAAUAUAAAGCAUUGUAAUUUUAAUUGAUCAUUAGUCAUUCUUGAAGAAAAACACCUACAUUUUUAACACAUACACAUUGCCUCCUAAUAAGGAGGCAAUAACACUGAAAGAAGCAGCUUACCGUGGAAUUAUGCAGACCCAUAUAUUAACAUUGAGUAGUUUCAGUCUGAAAUCUCAUUGAGCAAACUAACACCACUAGGAUGCGGGUAAGACAGAAUCACCAAUCAUUCAGUGCCGCAAAAAAAGGACUGUUAUGUCUGCUGCCGCCAGCAUUAUAAAAGUCUCCCAUUGCUGUUGUUU